UUGUGAUGAGCUCUAUUUAAAUGAGCUGCCGGAUCGGGGCAGGUUCCAGCCACACAUGAGCACUGUCAUUUUGGGGAACAUGGAGGGCUGAAGGAUUUUUGGAUCGAGUCCUAAAAGGCUGAGAGUGAUGGCCUCCUGAGCUAUGCAGAGGGCGACAGAGCUAGUUCCUGAAAGUUGAAAAUCUCGUUUUCUUCCUUCUGAGCGUCUGUUCCAAGGCACCCAGAGGAUUAGGAAGGAGAUGCAGCUAGGAAGAGAGUCGCCUCUUUGAGGUCUCCCUCUUGCUGUUCAGUUUGGGAAAAAUACUGCAGAGCCUUCGAGAUAAACAGGAACAGGAGGAGCCAACCAAGCCCUUUCUUGCAGAAGCGUCUCAGAGCUCAUCUCCUGUCCUGGGUGUAAGCGAGUAUACCUUACCAAGGAUGUAACUGAACAUUGUUUUGCUGCAGUGCUUUUCUUCUGAGCAAUCCAAGAUGGCCAGGAACUGCUCCGAGUGCAAGGAGAAGAGGGCGGCACACAUCCUCUGUACCUACUGCAACCGCUGGCUGUGCAGCUCCUGCACGGAGGAGCACCGGCAUGGCCCUGCCCCUGGGGGCCCACUCUUUCCCCGGACCCAGAAGGGAUCUCCAGGAGUGAAUGGUGGUUCUGGAGACUUCGCCUUGUACUGUCCUCUACACAAACAGGAAGUGCUCAAGCUAUUCUGCGAGACCUGUGAUGUGCUCACAUGCCAUAGCUGCCUCAUGGUGGAACACAAAGAACACAGGUGUAGACAUCUUGAAGAAGUUUUGCAAAACCAGAGGAUGCUUCUGGAAAGUGUGACUACACAGGUGGCGCAUAAGAAAUCUAGUCUACAGACAUCUGCAAAGCAAAUUGAGGACAGGAUUUUUGAGGUGAAGCAUCAGCACAGGAAGGUGGAAAACCAGAUCAAAAUGGCCAAGAUGGUUCUGAUGAACGAGCUGAACAAACAGGCCAAUGGGCUCCUAGAGGAGCUGGAGGGCAUUACUAAUGAAAGGAAGCGGAAGCUGGAGCAGCAGUUACAGAGCAUCAUGGUUCUCAACCGUCAGUUUGAGCAUGUGCAGAAUUUCAUUAAUUGGGCUGUCUGCAGCAAAACCAGCAUCCCUUUCCUUUUCAGCAAAGAGCUGAUUGUGUUUCAGAUGCAGCGAUUGCUGGAGACCAACUGUAACACAGACCCUGGUUCCCCUUGGAGUAUCAGAUUCACUUGGGAGCCUAACUUCUGGACCAAGCAGCUGGCUUCCCUUGGCUGUAUAACUACUGAGGGUGGACAGCUGUCCCCGGCAGAUACUCCUGCUUAUGGAAGCUUACAGGGACCAACAUCUUUCUAUCAAAGCCACCAGUCCCCAGGGGCUCAGCAGGAGACUCUCAGCCCUCCCUCACACAGGUUCCAGUCUCCAGCACUGUGUUCCUCGUCUGUGUGCUGCUCCCAUUGCUCCCCAGUCUCGCCCUCCCUCAAAGGCCAGGUCCCGCCACCCAGCAUACACCCAGCCCACAGCUUUAGGCAGCCCUCUGAGACGGUGCCCCAACAGCUGAGGUCACUGCAGUGCUCCCCGCUGCUGCCCAGGGAAAAGGAACUGCCCUGCCGUCCUCAUCCACCAAAGCUACUUCAACCCUGGCUGGAAACCCAGCCCCCUGCGGAGCAAGAGAGCACAUCCCAUCGGCUGGGGCAGCAGCUGACUUCCCAGCCCGUGUGCAUCGUCCCCCCGCAGGAUGUUCAGCAAGGAGCCCACGCCCCGCCCACCUUUCAGACACCCUCUGUCCAGGUGCAGUUGGGCCACCACCAGAAGCUGAAGCUCAGCCACUUUCAGCAGCAGCCGCCGCCGCCGCCUGCUCCGCCCCAGCAGCAGCCACCCCCACCUCUCCCUCCAUCCCAGCAUCUGGCUUCCAGUCAGCACGAGAGCCCUCCUGGGCCUGCCUGUUCCCAGAAUGUGGACAUAAUGCACCACAAGUUUGAGCUGGAGGAAAUGCAGAAGGACCUGGAGCUUCUCCUUCAGGCUCAACAGCCCAGCCUGCAGCUGAGUCAGACCAAAUCGCCUCAGCAUCUUCAGCAAACCAUCGUGGGGCAGAUCAACUACAUUGUGAGGCAGCCGGCGCCCGUCCAGUCCCAGAGCCAGGAGGACACAGUGCAGGCUACAGAUGAGUCCCCAGCAUCUGAAGGCCCAAAGCCAGUUCUCCCUCUUGACAAGAAUACUGCUGCUAACUUGCCCCAGGCAUCUGGGGAAGAAACUCCUCACAGUGUUCCCCCACUGGACAGCGCCAUCCAGCACUCCUCUCCGAAUGUGGUGAGAAAGCACUCCACUUCUGUGAGCGUCAUGGGCUUUUCCAACACACUGGAGAUGGAACUGUCGUCUACCAGGCUGGCGAGGACCUUAGAGCCACAGAUCCAGAGUGCGAGCAGCCUGACAGCUGCCCCACCCCAGGUGGUACCAAGCCUGCUGAGUGGCCCCCCACCAACCGUGUCCAGCCUGGUGGGCGGUCAGAACCAGGCUAUGCCCAGCCUGACAGCCAGUCACCUGCCGACCAUGCCCAGCCUUGUGCGUGGCACACCCCACUCCAUGCCCAACCUGACGAGUGAUCCCUCCCAGGCCAUCACAAGCCUGGCAAGUGAUCACUCUCAGACUGGGCCCAACCUGAAGUCUGGUCCCACCCACAGUGUACCAAGCCUGGCAACUUGUCCUCUGCAGAGCGUGCCUCCGGCUUCUAACAUGCAGUUGGAAACCGGAUCCAGCUGCAGUCCUGGCUCUGGCCGAACUUCAGGGAGCCUGUGCCCUGGGGAUGGGGCUGACCCCUCCCUGGGGAAUGCCCUGUGUAAGAUGGAAAAUGAGGAUUCUACCCGCUUCACUGACUCUCUGGGACAAGGCCCCACAGCCCCUGGUCCGGACACUUCCAAGGAUUUGGCUAUCCCCUCAGAACUGGAGGAGCCAAUUAACCUCUCUGUGAAAAAACCUGCACUGGUCCCAGUGGUCAACAAAUCCGUGGCCCUGCAGCAGUACCGGAGCCCAAAAGACUGUGAGAAUUUUGAACAAGGAGCCCUAGACCUGGGUACAAAAGGGAAGCAGAGCAUCAGACCCUUCAAUAGUGAGCCCAAGAUUCCCUAUGUGCGACUGGAGCGGCUCAAGAUCUGUGCUGCCUCCUCAGGAGAGAUGCCUGUGUUCAAGCUGAAGCCACAGAAGAAUGAGCAGGAUGGGAGCUUGCUGCUGAUCAUUGAAUGUGGUACUGAGUCCUCCAGCAUGUCCAUUAAGGUCAGCCAGAACCACCUGUCUGAUGCCAUCCAGGCCCCAAACCUGGGGGGAAGAAAGGUCACUGUCACAUCUCUGGCUGGGCAGCGGCCACCAGAAGUGGAGAGUGCAUCUCCUGAAGAACACAGGCUCAUUCCUCGAACCCCUGGAGCCAAGAAGGGGCCCCCAGUACCAAUAGAGAAUGAGGAUUUCUGUGCUGUGUGCCUCAACGGGGGAGAGUUGCUGUGCUGUGACCGCUGCCCCAAAGUGUACCACCUUUCCUGCCACUUGCCAGCCUUGCUCAGCUUCCCAGGGGGAGAUUGGGUGUGUACCUUGUGCCGCAGCCUGACCCAGCCUGAGAUGGAGUACGACUGCGAGAAUGCCCGCUAUAACCAGCCUGGAGUGCGGGCCCCUCCUGGCCUGAGCGCGUGUGACCAGAAGAAGUGUGAGAAGCUGGUACUGUCCUUGUGCUGCAACAGCCUCAGCCUGCCCUUCCACGAGCCUGUCAGCCCGCUGGCCCGGCAUUACUACCAGAUUAUCAAGAGACCCAUGGACCUGUCGAUCAUCCGGAGGAAGCUGCAAAAGAAGGACCCAGCUCACUACACCACCCCGGAGGAGGUGGUAUCAGACGUCCGCCUCAUGUUCUGGAACUGUGCUAAGUUCAAUUAUCCCGACUCAGAGGUUGCAGAGGCAGGCCGCUGCCUGGAGGUGUUCUUUGAGGGCUGGUUGAAGGAGAUCUACCCGGAGAAACGGUUUGCUCAGCCAAGGCAGGAGGACUCAGACUCUGAGGAGGAGUCUAGUGAGAGUGGGAAUUCCACUCCCCAGGGCUUUCCAUGGCCCCACUACAUGCAGGAGGGCAUCCAACCCAAGAGGCGGCGGCGACAUAUGGAGAAUGAAAGAGCAAAACGAGUGUCGUUCCGCCUGGCCAACAGCAUCUCCCAGGUGUGAGGGCUGGAAGGAGACCAAGUACUCUGGCGGCUGGUGCCCCAUCCUGUUGACCACUCCUCCCCACCUUUCAGCUCAU